AUGCAGGAGAAAGGUGCGGCCUGGUAUGGUCGAGAACGCGAGGGAAUCGCUCUGAUCGAAGGGUUCCAGUCGGCACUACUGGCGAUUCGAGCGGCUCAAGCGGCGGUGGCAAUUGAUACAGCGCCGGAGAAAGGAAAGAAGGAGAGUGUGGUGCUGUCUGGACUUGCUGGCAAUGCGGAGAUGGAUCCAUGGCUAGCAGAGGAUCUGUAUCAACAGGUGCAGGAACUGUCUGGAGGGUUCGAGAAGCUCCUAGAGGAAAUGUGUACACUACAAGCUGAAGCGAGAGACAUCGUGCUGAGGGAUGAUGAUGAAGGAGAGCAGCAAGUCUCCGCGACGGAUCUGAGGCCAGUAGACUAUUUCCAGAUGAUAAGUCAGGAGCUGGCGACGUUCGAAGCCGAGUACCAACACAUCGUACGUUGCACACAGUUUGUAGCUGUUUGA